CUUGAAAAGGAAGAUGGCUACCACGGUGUUUACUCUCAUUGUAGCAGUAUUUUCUCUUUUGGGACAUUGAAGCUAAGCUGUCAUGGAAAACCAGAGAGGGCAGCUGACUCAUGAGCAAGAUGCUCUGGACCACAUAGUCGCUUGUAGAGACAAACCCUUCCUGGAAGAAAGGUUUAUAGACUACUUCAAAGGGAGAGGAGUGUUCACCAACAAAACUAUUGAGCCAUCCACAUUUGUUGUUGAAUAUCGUGGGAACAUUCUAUGUCACAAAAACACAAGAUCCCAGAAGAAAUGUGGUGAUAGGCUGAGAGGUUUCUUGUUUGAGUUUUCAUGGAUAGGAGCAAAAUGGUUCAUUGAUGCUUCAGAAGAGGAUGGGACCCUUGGAAGGCUCGUGAAUGAUGAUCACACAAGUCCUAACUGUGAAAUGAGGAAAAUUGUUUAUGGGGGGAAGCCACACUUGUGCCUGUUUUCAGUGAAAGAAAUAUCUCCAGGCGAGGAGAUAACAUACAACUAUGGCAACUCCUCUUACCCAUGGCGCUCAAAGGGCUUGGCAGCUUCCAGCUGUGAAGAAUCCUGCUCUGAUCAUGAAGAUGAGCUGCCUGACAGCAGUGCAAGUCAUAUCAAUGACAGCCAUGCCAGCAUCAGCAGUCAGCCGGAUAUCAGAGACGGUUCACAUUUUACGAAGUCGGAUUCUACUCGAGAGACUAACAUGUUUAUGCUGCCACAAGACGAUGCUUCAUGCACCGAGCAGGAGGACGAAGCUGCUUCAAAAUCUGAUGAGCAUAGCUCGGAUGAUGAUUACAUACCCAGUGGGGAUAUACGAGAUCCCGAAACCCCAUCUUUCACCAGGAAAAAUUAUUGUUAUGUUUGCGGGAAAGGUAUGAGUAAAAUUGCUCGUCAUCUUCUAAGGCAUGCUGAUGAAGAGCCUGAUAUUGCUGAAGCCUUUGCAUUACCCAAAAAGUCAAAGGAGCGAAAAAAGUUACUUAACAUUUUGCGAAACAGGGGAAAUUACAAACAUAAUCAGGAGGUGAUCAAGAGUAACAGUGGGCAGUUAAAACUGAGAAGACGACCAAAAGAUGUGACACAAGGUGCUAAGACUUUUGUGCACUGCCUACAUUGUAAAGGCUUGUUUAAACGUAAAGAGUUAUGGAGGCAUGUAGCCAGAUGUGGUUCUAAAAUUAUGUCAAACUGUGCAGCACAGGAAGGCAGAAAAAGAGUCUUAAAUGAAAUUGCUCUUGCAGAGUCAUCACUCUCCCAGAAGUUUCCCUCUGGCGUGUGGAAGAUACUUUCAGCCAUGAACCAAGACAAGAUUGCAUUAGUAGUUCAAAAGGAUAACCUUCUAAUACAGCUGACACAGUAUCUGACAGAGAAGCAUGUAAACAAACAGGGACGUAAUCAUGAUUACAUCAGACAGAAGCUGAGGGAAAUGGGAAGACUCCUGUUAGCACUGCAUGAAAGGUCAAUAUUUAGCUUUGAAGAUGCUAUCAAACCCACAAACUUCUGCAAAGUUGCUGAGGCUGUCAAAGACCUCGCUGGUUUUGAUGAAAAAAGUCAGAUCUAUAACAAACCAAACCUUGCUCUGAAAUUAGGACAGUCACUCAAAAGGAUCUGCAGCAUUGUCAGUGCUGGACCUGAUGUCAGUGAGCAGAAGGUGAGGGACAUGAGGACAUUCGUGACACUGUGUACAAAAGAAUGGAGCGAACUUGUCACCUGUUCAGCCUAUGAUUUGUUGAGUGGACGACAAGUAAACAAUCCGUCUACGAUUCCGUUCACACGGGACGUGCAGGCUUUCUACAAAUGCCUAGAAACAACAUCAGCAACUGCCAUUGGAACCUUGAAGAAGUAUGAAAGCCCGCAGGUCUACAAUGCACUUUGCAGGGUGACACUUGCACAGGUGUCAGUCUUAAGCAAGGGUGCACCUGAGGUUUCAAAAAUGACACUGAAGUCAUUCCAGGAGAGGGACAACACAGCCAAAGUGCUGUCCAAGCACUUCAUUAGAAUAAAUAUCCAGAACAGGACUGGCCACAGUGUUGCUGUUUUAUUGACGUCUGAACUUGUCCAUGCAAUAUCACUGCUCGUGAGCAAGAGAGCGGCAUGUGGCGUACACAAAGACAAUCCUUUCUUGUUUGCAAAGCCUGACUCUUCUGCUUCAAGUCUCUACCAUGGAGGGAACUGCAUCAGGGAUUUUUCAAAUUUGUGUCAUGCAAAAAACCCAGAGCAUCUUAGGUCAGUGCAUCUCCACAAGCACAUUGCAAGAAUCUUCCAGAUUCUCAAUUUGGAGAACGACGAGCUCGAUCACCUUGCUAAACUGCUGAGCCUUGACAUCCGGGCUGACAGGGAAUAUUACCGGUCACCAGAAGCAGCUGUGGAACUUGCAAAAAUUGCAAAGCUACUUCUGGCAAUGGAAAAGGGCUUUCUUGAAAGAUUCAAAGGGAACUCCCUGGAUGAAAUUGAGAUCGAGGAUAAACUGGAGCCUGAUGUGGAGCAGGGCAACUCUAAACACAGUAAUGAUGAGGAGAGUGAUGAAGAAUCAAAUCCUUUCUUCCAGCAGAGCAAUGAUGUAGAGCAACAAGGCAGGCAGCCCACUCCUGAACAAGAUGCCCUGGAGCAUGUAAAGGCUCGUAGAGACAAGCCUUUCCUGGUGGAAAGGUUCAUUGACCCCUUCAAAGGGAGAGGUGUGUUUACCCAUGAAUCCAUUGAACCUUCUUCCUUCGUUGUUGAAUAUCGAGGGAAGAUUUUUGCUAACAAAGAAACUGACAAAAACAAGUGUGAAGAUAGACUGAACAAUUAUUUGUUUAACUUUUCAUGGAAUGGAACAAACUGGUGCAUCGAUGCCUCGGCAGAGGAUGGGAGCCUCGGAAGAUUUGUGAAUGAUGAUCACCUAAGUCCCAACUGUGAAAUGAAGAAAGUUGUUUGUGAAGGGAAGCCACACUUGUGCCUUUUUGCACUGAGGAAAAUAUCUGCAGGCAAGGAGAUAACAUACAACUACGGCAACUCCUCUUACCCAUGGCGUGCAACAACAUCUUCAUAUUUACAUGACUCCAGUGAGGGACCAAAUACAUCACAAGCUGAUGGAAAUGCAGCUGCAGCUUCUCCUGGGGAUGAAACGGGUGAGGACUCAGAGGGAGCCUUCAGUUCUGCAGAAUCCUACUCUGAUGACGACUAUGUCCCUGAUGAUGAACCAAGUGAUGAUGACAGUGUUGCCAGCAACGACAAUGAGGGAUGUCACAAUGGCGAGAACAGUCCAGAUUUCGCGGAUUCUUCACGAUUGGAGCAACAGUCCAGUAGUGACUCAUCCAUCCAGCAGGAGGACAAAGCUGAUUACAACUCUGAUGGAGAGGCUAAAGACCCUUCCUCCAUCCACAGAAAUUAUUGUUAUGUUUGUGGGAAAGCUCAGUCUAAAAUUUCUCGCCACCUUUUCACCCACAGAAAAGAAGUGCCCACUAUCGCUGAAGUGUUUGCAUUACCCAUGAACUCCAGGCAACGCAAAAGGCAACUGGAGAAGUUACGGAAAAAAGGAAAUUACAAAUAUAAUCAGAAGGUUUUGAAGACUAGUCAUGGGAAACCGAAGGUGAAAAGACACCCAAAAAUAGCCACCAUCGCUAAAACAGUUGCAACAUGUCUGUACUGUAAAGCCACGUUUGUCUGUAAGGAUAUAUGGCAACAUAUGCAAGGAUGUUCGUCAAAAAAGCUCUCUAAACCUGCAACACGUGGCAGGAAUAAAAUCUUAACUCUGGUUGCUGCAACAGUGACAGAAGACCCCCGACAAAUCUCAUCAGGUGUGAGAACGAUAUUAAAAAACCUAAAGAAAGAUGAGAUUGCAUCUGUAGUUUGGAGUGAUUCUUAUAUACUGCAGCUGGCACAGUGUUUGGGUCACGGAAAUGAAAAGAAAAGAAAGUCACAUGAGUACAUCAAACAAAGGCUGAGGGAAAUGGGAAGACUCCUGUUAACAUUAAGGAAAAAGUCAAUAUGUAGCUUUGAAGAUGCUAUGAAACCCAAAAACUUCAGCAAAGUUGUUGAAGCUGUCAGAGAGCUUGCUGGUUUCAAUGAAGAGAUGAAGACCUGUGACAGACCAAGUCUUCAGCUGAAACUGGGAAAUUCCCUGAAGAAAAUUGGAGACAUUAAAUACGCCAGAGCUUUGAAAGAAGAUGCUGACAAAGAGAUUAUACGUGAAGCAGAGACAUUUAUGAGACUGUGUGCAGACGAAUGGAGCACAGCAAAAUUAGAAUUAAACAACCCAUCAACCAUAGCGUUCACACAGGAUGUGCAGUUCUUCUACCAGUACAUGGACAAAACAGCAGCGUCUGCAGUGCAAAGUCUGGCCAUGUAUGAAAGCCCACCAGUUUAUACUGCACUUCUCAGAGUGACGCUUGCACAAGUGUCAGUCUUAAAUAAAAAUGUGGUAGAAGUUUCAAAAGUGACACUCCAGUCUUUUAAGGAAAGGGACGAGACUGAGAUCCAUAAAGACAGUGCUGAUUCCCAGUCACAGUUUGAGCAACUUCUGUGCAAGCGCUUUGUGAAGCUCAAACUUAGAAGCACAAGUGGCAAAACAGUGGAUGUUACGCUGACCACAGAACUGCUCAGCGCAAUAACACUGCUUGUGAACAAGAGAGAAACUUGUGGUGUACUCAGAUGUAAUCCCUUCUUAUUUGCAAGGCCGGUCAACAUACCUACAAGCUUCUACCAGGGACAAACGUGUAUCAGCAUUUUUGCAGCACGUUGUGGUGCAAAAAACCAGACGAACCUCAGGUCUCUGUUUUUUCGUAAGCAUGUGACAAGAAUUUCCCAGAUUCUCAGCCUCACAAAUGAUGAACUUGAUCAGCUAGCCAAGCUGCUGGGCCGUGACAUCCGGACCGACAGGGAGUAUUAUCAGACGCCAGAGGCAGUGGAGGACAUUGCAAAAAUCUCAGAACUACUUUCGGCAAUGGAGAAUGGCUCUCUUGAAAGAUUUGAAGGAAAAUCUCUUGAGGAAAUUGAGAUUGCAGACAAACUGCAGCCAUAUGUGGAGCAGGAUGAUGCUGACAACAGUGAUGCUGAGGAGAAUGCAGAAGAGGAAAGUUCUCCUCAACUGAGUGGCUUCUUUUCAUCCACUAAAAAAGGAGUUCCUUCCUUGAGGAACCGUGGCCGAGUCAGGAAGAGGCAGGAGAGUGAAAAUGAGGAGUCAGAGCUGAAUAAUGAGCAAAAUGAGGUGAACACAGAGAAUGAUGACCAGACAGAGGAAAUGCCUGUGAGCUGUGCUGUCAGCACACCAGAGGAAACGCCAUCUAAUAGCAAAGAGGAUGUAACAAACAUAUGGUUUAGUGAUGAUGAUGAUGAUGAUGAGCACGUGAAUGUGGACUUUGGCAUAGACACGGAUGAAGACAGUGUCAGAAAUGAGGAGAACGAUGGAGACGGUGUCACAGACAGCUCAAUCCCCAUGCUAACAGACGCCAAAGAAACCACAAACCAGGACAAGGACACCAGUGACAGUAAGAAACCUGAGAAACACACCACUGACGCAAACCUUGAAGAGACCGUGGAUGUUUAUACAAAGAAUCAUGUGGAGAAAAAAGACAAAGCGAAAGGAGAGGAACAAAGUGACUGGAUGGAUAGUAGCUCCUAUGCCAUCUUAAAUACAGAGAAGAACAAAUUAUCAGCUGCAGUGGCAGGGAUGAAAGAAGUGAAGAUAUUAAUCCCAAAAUUGGACAUUGAGAAGAUACAGGCUCCAGUCCACAUUUCCCAGUUUCCCAGUUGGUCGGUGAAAGACCAGCCCAUCCAGGACGACAACCACCAGUGUGAAACAUCCUCUCCACCCACAGACAUCAAGAACAAGCGCAGUGAUGAAAUGGCCAUCCACAUGACAUGCACACACUGCACAAAGGGCAUGAUGAAGGGACAAACUGCUUACCAGAAGAAGGGAUUCACAGACGUCUUCUGCUCCAAAAACUGCCUGUUUCAAAAGUUCCCCAUCAACAAACCAACCACCAAGAACUGCCAUUACUGUCUCAAAGCGAUCACGCAGCCUCUGGACCUCAUCAUGGCUGCAGUGGACAUUAAAGGAACUAUGAAAGACUUCUGCAGUCCAACCUGCCUGUGCUCUUUCAAGUCCAAUGCUGUGUCCACCCAGACACCACAGUCACUCUGCAGCAUGUGCAAGAAAUCCUGCACUACCACGUGUGAGUUGACUCUGAACGAUGCUGUCCACAAGUUUUGCAGUGACUCCUGCUUGGAAGAUUUUUGCAGGGACAUGGCCAUCUGUGAACACUGCAGCUCCCGCUGCCACAAUAAAUCACUCAAGCUGAAGCUGGAGGAGGACACCAAAACCAUCUGCAGUGAGAAUUGUCUGAAAGAAUUCAAAGAGAAAUUCUUGACACCCCACAUGUGCACCAUGUGCCACGCGUCUCAACCGAUGUCAGACAUGAUUGACUACAAAAGCAGCGAGGACACGGUGGAGCUGUUUUGCAGUCGCACCUGUGUGACAUCAUACAAGCUACGGCCUGCAGUUAUAUACAAGCUUAAAGGAAAGAAAACCCCACUUCGGUUGAAAAACAGAAAAAAGGGAAAGCAAUCAAAACAAAAAUCAAAUACUGAGGAUGUAAAAGUCAGUUCAGACUCCAGCUUAAGCGAAAAUGACGCCUCUUCAGCUGCUGUAUCGGGCAACGUACCAACACUCAUCAUUGCAGACUCAUGUAUUGUCUGUUCUAACUGUGGAACAAAGCUGCCGAGAGGACAGACACUUUACCAGUCGAAGAGUUCACCGGAGGUUUUUUGCUCUGCCUCCUGCCUCUCUGAAAGGCAGCCCGACAUCCAAUUAGUCCCCAAAAAGUGCUAUAACUGCUUUCAGGUGAUAAUGCGACCUCACAACAUCAUCCUUGCACCAGUGGAUGAUUCAGGGAUUAUGAAGGAGUUGUGCAGUGACUCCUGCCUCUCCUCUGUCAAAUCCAAGAGGAACAUGGCUGCCCCAAAACCACCACCGCAAUUAGGACCUCGUACGGAAUGCAAGAUGUGCGCCAGAUUUUGUUAUUGCAAAUUCAAGCUGUCCCUGAAUGGUGUGCUCCAUAGACUUUGCAACGACACCUGCUUUAUCAAAUACCACAGAGACAACAACUUGCCUGUGAAUAUUUGUGACAUCUGUGGCUCCGUCUGCCUCGACAAACCACUCGUGGUGCAGUUGGAGGAUGGCAGUAAAGACAUCUGCAGUGAACAGUGCCUGGUCAAGGCCAAAGAGAAAGUCAAGACGCCUCAGCUGUGCCCCAUGUGCCAGACAUCUCACUGGAUGUCAGACAUGGUUGAAAACAAAAACAAAGAGGGCAGGUUGACCUUCUUCUGUAGCAACAGAUGUAUGAUGGUAUACGGUUCUCAGUCUUUAAUUGUGUCAGAGAGUAGCAGCCCUUCAUCUGAAGAGAAGGACUUUAAAGAGGUGAAGCCAUCACUUACAAAUCUGAUAAAAGAAGAGCCUGUUGAUGAGGAGUACAAUCCACCACCCUCCAUGUCCUCAGAGGGCAUCAAGGACGAGCCAAAUGGGACGAAGAGCAAACAUGAAAUCAUACAGGAUGGCGUUGUCCACAAGAUCUGCAGUGACCCCUGUUUUCUCCGGUUCUGCACCUUGAACAAACUUUCUCUCUGUGAGAAGUGUCACUCCCACUGCAACACCUUGCUCAUUCUCAAGAUGGAACAUGGCAGUAAAAAACUAUGUAGUGCAGAGUGUCUGGCCCAACUCAAACAGAAAAUCCAAACACCACAGCCGUGUGCCAUGUGUCGCACCUCCACUCGGAUAUUAGACAUGGUUGAAAACCACAACAGUGAAAACGAAGUGGAGCUCUUCUGCACCAGCAGUUGUGUGAUGGCAUCAAGGAUCCAGGCCAUCAGUGCAUCAGGUACUCCACUGAAUUGUGAUAACUGUGGAAAGACUACAGUUCCAGCCUGCCACCUCGCUAUGUCCAAUGGAUCAGUCAGAAACUUCUGCACUCUUACCUGUGCUAUGGCUUUUAAGGACAGUCAGAAAGACAUGACUGCUGCCACUAACCUGACAGGAGCCUCCGACCACCCCCAGUGUGAUUUUACCAAACAACCAGAGAAGCUGCCAUGCGCCCAGUGUCGGCGCAUUAUAAAAGCUACACCCAAAGUCAUCCAGAAAGAGGGCAAAAUGAAUUUUGUGUGUAGCCUGGCCUGUUCUCAAGAAUUUAAAAGGGUCAACAACAUCAUGGGUGUGUGUGAAUAUUGCAAGAAUGAAAGAAUCAUCAGAGAUGCUAAAAGAAUUGAUGGCAAAGACUGCUACUUCUGCUGUGACGGCUGCAAGAUGAUCUUUUGUCAUGAGCUGGAGAAGACGUGGGGGAAACACUGUAGCUUGUGUGCUUACUGCCACUCCAUUUCCAAAACGGUGGUGACAGCAAAGUAUGAAGGCACUGAUGAGGAGUUCUGCUCUGAAGACUGCAGCUCAAAGUUCAAAAUGCUCUUCUGCUGUGUUGCCAAGUGUGACACUUGUGGCCAUAAAGGGAAACUGAGACAGAGUCUUACCAUGCUGGGAGAGGUCAAAUACUUCUGUGACCUGAAAUGUCUCCUACACUUCUGCAAUAAAAAGGUCCAGAUGGUCAACACAGAUUGUCCACCUCCUGGAUUUUCAGGCACAGUGCCAUCCUCCCUUGUCAUCGCUAACGUUAUUUCACUUGCUAGCGCUCUCACUAGGCAGCCCAGUGAAUCUUCCCUUACUGCAAAACAAGGCUCAGUUCUUGAGAUUCAGCCAAAGGUCGUAGGACACCUUCGGUUUUCUUUUUUUCUGUUGCGUGAAGACGACUAUGUACCCAAGGUCACAGUCCUGCCGGUGCCAGUCUACGUUCCUCUGCCUAUGAACAUGUAUAGCCAGUACACCCCACAGCCCCUGGGCCUGCCCUUACCACUGCCUGUGCCGAUAUUCCUCCCUGUUAUGUUGAACAACCCUGAGCCAACAAUAAAAGACAUGACAGAGAGGAUGCAGCCCAAAGCCUCUGAGGGGGAACUCAAAGUCUCGUCUGAAAUGGAGACCAAACAGGAUGACAAGAAUGGGACAGAAGACAGACAGACGGAGAAAGAGGUGACAACAGAAGGAGAAACACAAGAAACUCAGGCCUUUAUGGACCACAACAGCAGCUGCAAUCUUGGUAAAAAUAACUUGGAUAGUUCCAACAGCGGGCACUCCUCCGCCUCCUUCCCUGACACCAGCCUCAGGUCACCCAGUUCACCCCACACCCAUGAGAAACUGGCUCCAGUUUCAGACGUGCCCAGCAACCUUCAACCUGAACUCCCACCUCCGGCUUCUCCGGCUCCGCACUUGAGAAAGAACCCCCAGAGCUCACCGAGCCCUGCCCCUGCUCCCCCACUAUUACAGGAAACUCUGGGGAAAGUCCACAAAAUGCAUAAGGAAUGCAAGCUGCAGCAGCUGACUGAGGCAGAGGGGACAUCUCAGAGGGACUUUUCUAAGGUCAUGUCUAGGAAGCACCACAAACCGAAGAGUCGCUGUGGAAUUGAUGCCUGGGAGAGAUGGAUUCAGUGGAGGGAAUCGCAAACUGGCCUGGACCCUGUGUCUGUCGAGUUAAAGAAGGAUAUUCUUUGCUGCUCCGUGGCUGAACUGAGCAAUGGCCUCUGUCACUUCAUCCAUGAGGUGAAACGACCCGAUGGAGCGCGGUGCUCCCCCGACAGCCUGUUCUGCCUCUGCCUCAGCAUCCAGCAGUACCUGUUUGAAAACGGUCGUAUGGAGAACAUAUUCAGUGAUCUGAUGUACAGCAAGUUCUCUGCAGAGUUCACCAAGAUCCUGAAACAGUUCAAACCCUCGGUCUCAGCCGAUGGUUACAUCCAUUCCCGUGUGCAGGAGGGGUUCCUGUGGGGCUGUAAACAGCUGGGGGCGUACUCCCCCAUCGUCCUCCUCAACACGCUGCUCUUCUUCUUCUGCAAAUACUUUGGCUUCACCACGGUGGAGCAGCACCGCCAGCUGUCCUUCACUCGCAUCACAUGUUGCACCAAAACCAACCCGAACAAAACCAAGACCACUGUCCUGCAAUUCUACCCGCCCAUAUCAACAGACGAGACAGAGCCAGAUACAGACGGAGUUCCACCUAAAAAACGUAAGAAGAAUGAGAAUAAAGAGAAUUUCCUGGAGAUAAUGGAGAACCCAAAGAACUUUCUCCGCUGCCCGAUCAGACUCUAUGAGUUCUACCUCUCCAAGUGCCCCGAGUCUGUGAGGCAACACGGAGACUUGUUCUACCUCCACCCAGAUCAGCACUGUGUUCCCAGCAGCCCUCUGUGGUUCUCCUCCACCCCUCUGGAUGACAGCACCAUGGAGGCCAUGCUCAUACGAACGCUCACUGUCCGAGAGCUGCACCAGGGUGUUAGUAGAGGUACGGCCCAACAGACGACAGAUGGCCCACCAUUUGUGAAUGAUGAUGAGGAGGAUUCAGAGGAAUGAAGGCAGCUUUUUUGUUUUCUUCAAAAUACUGUGUUUAAACGUGGAUAUCAUGGAGUUGUUUGGCAUUUUUUCAUUCUUUGACAGUUAAUCACACACAGGUGCAGACAGGAAAAAUGCAGAGAGAGGGGAACGACAUGCAACAAAGGUCUGGGACAGGACAAACGGGGGCAUUUAGCAGCUAAAGAGCCACAUAUUUCCCUCAUGAGUUGGUGGAGCGAGUGAACAGUGGACUUGCGUUUAUCAUGUGACCAGAAACAGGACUCCUGUGUAGCUGCUAAAGUUGAUGUGUAAACUGUUUGCUAUUAAGCUCGACAUAUUAACCUAAUUUGUUAAAGUUAUGUUCACAAUAUGUUUCAGUUGCCUCUAAGUGACCAAAAACAGUUAGUUAGGGCUAAUUUACCUUUUUAUUAAACUAAAAACAAAACUGACCUCAGCUCUGUUCACUGCAGCGACCUUGUGGAAGAAGUCAACAGUUACAGGCCAUUUUACUUCAGCACCCAGUAUAAUACAAAAAAAUGUCCAGUGUUAUAAACAUUCAGUGCUGUGCUGUGUGACCUGUAGCAGAUCUGAGCGUCUGUGGCAGGACUCCACACUUCUGGUAGCUCGUUGACUCAUCACUCAGACACAGGACGGUUUCCUCAGACAAACAAAAACAACAGUGGUAUCACUGCUGAAUAUUUCCAACAGGUUGCUAUGCUCUAAAUAUUUGAUCCCCAAUGACGAUUUGUUCCACAACAUUGUUGACAAUAAAGUUAUGGAGCUAGAUUUCCUCUUCUUUUUUUUUUUGGUGUCACUGGUUGUUACCAGUCUUUAUUUUUGUAAAACUGUAAAACUGGGAUCACACCUGCGGUUCUUAGAGGAGGUUCCAGGGGGUCGCUCUCCUAUAGAUGUUACCUAUCUCUGCACUAGAGUGGUCUAAGAGUAGAUUUAAGACUGGUCGAACGCCACAGACCAGCUCCUGAUUGAGUUCAGCUCUAAAAAAGAAAAAGGCUGAGGUAAGAAAUACGUUUACAUAAACUGAUGAUUUAUGGUGUUAAUCAAGUCUUGGGUAUUGUUUUGUUUUCUUUGAGUCACUGCUAAAUGCUUAUUUUUA